GCGCAGAUCGCGUUAGUUUUUGUUCUCCUUGGACAGAGCAGAAAGAUAGCGGGAAAAUGGAUCGUUGGUUUCUUUGGGGCUUUCUUCUGCUCCUUCUAGUUUGUGGCUUCGGUUCGGCUGGCAAAGACUGGAAGAAAAUUAGAGAAAAGGUGUCUGAAGCUGUUAAAGGAUACACGCCAUGCAGCCCUGUCAACUGCAGCUGUCACCUGAGCGUCCUCCAUCAUGAUUUGAAGCUCUUUCAAAGGGGAAUUUCUCAGGAUGUAAUGGCAGCUACUGUCCAGAAGGGGGUGGGCACCCACUACCAGAUCAUUGGACACAAGCUGUACCGAGAGCAUAGCUGCAUGUUCCCUGCCAGGUGCAGCGGAGUGGAACAUUUCAUUCUGGAGAUCAUCGACAGGCUACCUGACUUGGAGAUGGUGGUAAAUGUGAGGGACUACCCUCAGGUCCCCAGCUGGGUGCAACCGAUUCUACCCGUCUUCUCGUUCAGUAAGACGGCGGAAUAUCAAGACAUCAUGUACCCAGCGUGGACGUUUUGGGAAGGCGGGCCAGCCGUGUGGCCCAUAUACCCAACUGGACUGGGGAGAUGGGAUCUGAUGAGAGAUGAACUGAAAAAAUCUGCAGCUCAGUGGCCUUGGAAGAAGAAAGAGACCAAAGGGUUCUUCAGAGGCUCUAGAACCAGCCCUGAGCGUGACCCGCUUAUCCUUCUGUCCAGAGAGGCUCCCGAUCUGGUUGAUGCAGAGUACACCAAGAACCAGGCCUGGAAGUCUGAGAAGGACACACUCGGUCGACCUCCAGCUAAAGAAAUCCCUCUGGCCGAUCACUGUAAAUACAAAUAUUUAUUCAACUUCCGGGGUGUGGCUGCAAGCUUUCGCUUCAAACAUCUCUUCCUCUGUGGCUCGCUCGUCUUUCAUGUGGGGGACGAAUGGCAGGAGUUCUUCUACCCUCAGCUCAAACCCUGGGUCCACUACAUCCCAGUCAAGCAGGACUUGUCUGAUGUCAGGGAGCUGCUGCAGUUUGCCAAAGAAAAUGAUGCUAUUGCAAAGGAGAUCGCCUCCAGGGGUCAGGAAUUCAUCCUCAAACACCUUCAAAUGGAAGAUAUUUCCUGCUACUGGGAGAGACUCCUGACAGAGUUCAGCCAGCUCCUCACCUAUAAACCAGGAAGAAAGAGCAGCUACAAACAGAUUGUACAGAAACCUGUGAAAACAGAGCUUUGAACUCUGCAGGAUCAGAGCAACUAUUGUGAAGGAGAAGCAAUAAUGAAUGAAUGUAUUACUACGGUACAAGUUAAAUCUCUCUUUUUUUUUUUUUAAAACUGGUUGUUUUCCAGUUUUGGGAGGAAAAAAAAAUACCAAAAAAAUAUUUUUCCAGGCAGAUUCCAGGCUAUUUUUAAAAGUAUAUUUUAAACAGCCCCUAAAGACCUAGAUCAUCUAGAGAAACCAAUAAAGUAGCCGUAACUGAAAGGAGACAGGGUAUUUAUCGUCCUUUAAUCUGCCACAAUCUGCAGUCUUUUGCAGUAUUCAACAGGUUUUCAAUAAGUAUUACUCUUUAUUUAGCACCAUCCAUCUUUCUCUUACCUUUGACCAGGAUUAUACCUCCAUUAUACCAUCAUGUCAGUGAAAUAAUGGAGUUUAUUAGCCUGAAACAACUAUUUCUAGCAGAAUAAGUUUUAUUCCAUGCUGUGAAAAUGUAUCUAAAUCUUUUAUUUGAUGUUUUUAGCACUUGAUAGUUUUGCUCUGUGGGCUCGAUGCAUGCACCAACGCUUCAGUGGUGCUGGACCCAUCACUAGGACUUGAAGAUACAGUUUCUCUUAUACCAGCUCCAAGAAAAAAACAUAAUAGUUUUCAUAUAGAUCUGUUUAAUGCUAAAGGGUUUAACACAUUUCAUACCUUUUU